AUGACAUCUGUGGAUUGUAGUCUCGUACAAGUAAACCCCUUCGUCAGCAUUGACAUUCUCCAUGCCAUCGUUGGCAAUGGGUAGUCAUCUCUUCAGAAUUUCCAGGUAUGUGGAACUGGACUUUGUCCGCGCUUCUAGAAGCUUUCUAACCUGGAAGUUCGGAUGUGCGCUACAAUUAUGGGAAUGGAUGGUGGAUUUCUUCAUGGAACGUGUCAUGAGAGCCUCAAAUGCCUUGGAUAGCGGGGGUUGA